GACCCGAGCAAGGACCCUGGCGUGUUCUCCUUCGCCAGCGAAAACCCCGUCAAGACCUACAACCUCCAGUACGUGUCCAAGUACGCCUGCCCGAUCGGCGUACCCACGCCCAGCCCGAGCCUGAGCCCGAACCCGGCGCCGCCGUGCAAGGGCAACGCGUGCUGCCUCUACCAGUUUGACUCCGACCCGACCAUGACCCGGACCCUGUGCGCCACCAAGUGUCCGCCAUUCUUUGGCGGCUUUGCGCUGGUCUUCAACUGGACCGUGUCGCCGUGCACCAGCGACACCUGCUUCUUCCACAAGAAGUAA